AUGGCCAGCGUCGUCGAAGCCGCAAAGCGCGCAGCCGGUAAGGCUGCCGUCGAGAAUCACUACCCCAAGGACGCCAAAUACGUCGGCAUUGGCAGUGGUUCGACCAUUGUCUAUGUGGUCGAGGCCAUCAAGGAGUCCGGAGUAGACACCUCCGCCACCAAAUACGUCCCCACUGGCUUCCAGUCCAAGCAGCUGAUUGUCAACGCUGGUCUGACCGCAGUGGACUUCGAUGCCCUCCCCGAAGGCACGGUUCUGGAUGUUGCCUUCGAUGGUGCCGACGAGGUCGACGACGAGCUGAACCUGAUCAAGGGUGGUGGUGCUUGUCUCUUCCAGGAGAAGAUCGUGGCUCUUCAGGCCAAGGAGUUCAUUUGUGUGGCUGACUCCCGCAAGCUCCAGUCCCGCCUCCUCACUGGUUGGAAGUACAUCCCCAUCGAAGUCGCUCCUAUUGCGGCCCGUCGCGUUCUCGGUGCUCUGAAAGAGAUUGGCAGCAUUGAUCCCGCUGUCCGCGUCAACUCUGAUGCCAAGCAAGGCCCAUUGAAGACCGACCAGGCCUUCUUCAUCAUCGACGCUCCCUUCAAGACUCUGCUGACCCAGGCAGACGUGGCUGCCGGAAAGGACGGCAGUGGCAAGGACGGCGUGUGGGAGGUUCACGCCCUCUCUCAGGCGAUCAAGCAGAUUCCCGGUGUUCUCGACGUGGGUAUCUUCUCUGGCAUGACCGGCCCUCAGGCGCAGGCGCUCGGUGGUGUCGGAGGCCAGAAGCCUAUUGCUGCCUACUUCGGUAUGCCUGACGGUUCGGUGUCCGUCAGAAAGGCAGCUGCUUAA